GCUGAGGAUGUACAGUGGUGUGCUGUAAGGGUUAUUUAAGCGAAAUAUCUCUUUGUAACAAAAAUGGCGGAAUUUUAAACCAUAAUUACAUGCGCUAAAGAAAUUUUUGCAUCUUCAGAGAACUAAGAAGGGAUAAUAUUGAUGAAUAAUAACAGUUACUUAUAGGAAUAUGAGAGCCAUAUAUAUAGUAAACAUCUGGCUAGCAUGUGCUGUAUCAUGUUCGGCUGUGUUUGGUUUCAUCUUCAACAAUUCACCAAAAUUACACAAUGGCACUCUUAUCCCGUUAGAUCCCGAUGUUUGCACCUCACAGAAUAUCACAUUUACAUGUACGCUUCUAAGUACUCCAAAUCCUAGCAGCUCCAUUGGCUUCGCUGUGAAAAAUGAAAGUACGAAUAGGGAGUUUCUACCUGUGGACGAGGGAAGAAUAACUGUGAUAAAUGAGACCUCAUCAGAAUUUAAGAUUUACAACAUCAACGCCACAACUUACUUCUUUGUUAGAUGUUACUACUGGGAAACUUUUGGUAAUGUUGAUGAUACAUCCAAGCAGCUGGGUUAUACAUCUACAGCAUCUGUUUACCGUAAGCAUCUCAAGAUAGAUUCACUAAAAUUACACAAUGGCACUCUUGUCCCGUUAGAUCCCGAUGUUUGCACCUCACAAAAUAUCACAUUUACAUGUACGCUUCUAAGUACUCCAAAUCCUAGCAGCUCCAUUGGCUUCGCUGUGAAAAAUGAAAGUACGAAUAAGGAGUUUCUACCUGUGGACGAGGGAAGAAUAACUGUGAUAAAUGAGACCUCAUCAGAAUUUAAGAUUUACAACAUCAACGCCACAACUUACUUCUUUGUUAGAUGUUACUACUGGGAAACUUUUGGUAAUGUUGAUGAUACAUCCAAGCAGCUGGGUAAUACAUCUACAGCAUCUGUUUACCUUAUGCCUGAAAAAGUAGGACAUAUGGAUUGUAUUGUGAAAAACUACAUCGAUUCAAUGAGGUGUUCUUGGAAUUAUGGGGACAAAUAUAAAAGCGGCCAGUUACCAGAUGUAGAAUUUCAAUGGUAUGAAUUUAAUCUUUGCUAA